AUGGCCAAUUGACCUUUGACCCUAUAAUUAUAGUUGUCGGUUGUCAUAGCUACGAGGUUACACAAGCAAGCUUCUGCAACAUGGCUCACUAUGAAGCUCAAGUCCACUCAGCCAAAGCAUUCCUCCUACAAAGCAGUGCAGAAUCAAAGAACAACUUAUAUGACCACCUGAGUGACUGUUUGACCAGGAUUCUAGAUGAAAGGACACCAAAUGCCAUUGACAUGUUUGAAAACAUUUCUAAUAGCGUAAAGCAAGAGAAAUUACAACCACUGCAAGACACACUACAAGACCAACAAGGGCCAUCAGACAGAGCCAAUCUUGCAGAGAAACAGAAGCAAUUAUUUGAGGUGACAGAGGCUACUGACUUGGAUGGUGAUGAAGAGGUUUCCAUUCCAUUCCCUGAUCUCAUGGAUAUCUCUAAAUGCCUCGAGGGUGGAGGGAUUGGCCUAAAUCGAGAGGAGAUGUUUCGUAUCUGUCUUUCAAUGAAGCAGCUCACACAGACACAGCCGUUGGUUUCCUCUAGAUUCUGGGGCAAGGUGUUUGGUACUCAGAGAGACUACUUGGUUGUGGAGGCGGAGUUCCAGGAAGGUGAGGGUGAGGAGGAGGAUGAGGGGAGCGAGGCUGGUGAUGGAGGGGACAAAGAGGAGGAAGAGGAGGACGAAGGAGAUGAUCUCGGGUCAGAGGCUGAGAAGGAUGAACCCCCACAGAGCCAGUGGAAACCACCCCCCACAGUGCCCAAAGAGGAGGCCAAGACUGGUGCCAAUAAGAAGACCUACUUUGUGUGCAACAAUGCUGGUGACCCGUGGGUGAAGCUACCACACAUCACUCCAGCACAGAUAUCCAUCAGCAGACAAAUUCGUAAACUGUUCACUGGUGUGCUAAACACUCCCAUCGUCUCAUUCCCACCAUUUCCUGGCAAUGAGAGCAACUAUCUCCGAGCGCAGAUAGCACGUAUCUCAGCCACCACUCAGAUCAGCCCCAGUAGCUACUUCCAAACACCGGAGGAUGAGGAAAUGGAUGAAGAGGAGGAGGAAGGUAUUGGCAUUAUUGAGCCGAACCCAGAGUUUGAGGUUGGCAAGAUCUCAGAGUAUGCAGACAUCAGUAACUGGUGUCAUCACAUCCCCUACCUCCUGCCCCAGGGUCGCACUACCUGGUGGAAUCCAUUAGCCAAGGCAGAGGAUGAGUUAGAGGCAGAGGAUGAUGAAGAUGAGGAGGAGAAGGAGCAGCUGGAUGAACCAGAGCCAGAGACUGGACCACCAUUGCUCACCUCGGCAGCAGAGGAUGCUAAAGUGGAUGGUAUGCCAGCAUGGUCUGCCAGGCUGUCCUCCAACACUCUACCUCACUAUGCUGUAGCCAUAGCCACCUCUAACCUCUGGCCUGGAGCUCACUCCUACACUGCUGGAAGGAAGUUUGAGAAUCUAUACAUUGGUUGGGGUCUCAAGUACAGCUCUCGCCCGUUCAACCCAGAGCUCCCCCCUCCAGUACAGGACGAGUUCCCAGCAGGUGCUGACAUCACAGAGGGUACUGAUCCCUCGGUGGAACAAGAGGCUGCUCUCAAAGCUGCUCAGGCAGAGGCUCAAGCAGACAUGGAUGAAGAGGAAGAGCCUGAGGAGUCGGACGAGGACUAAUUAUAUAGUGACACUUCAUUGGUUAUAUAUGGACUCAUCUGUUGUCAUUGUGUAUUCCACUAUUGCUAUGGAUAUCAGUAUUGUAUUUAUCUUG